CCUCGAGUUCAUUCAAUCAGAGUACAGAAUUGCGACACAUGUGUGAUGCGACAGGCUUCGAGUCUAUCCAUUGACUGUUCGUUUGUCCAGUUUUGUAUCAUCAGAUGGCUCCAAGCCGUAACCUCACUGGAACUUCUAGCCGCACUGCCGCUACGGAUCUAUGACAGAGUGAAAGCGGGGUAUUCAACUUUUACCGCCAGUUCUGUGUGGAAGGGCGUCAGUUGACUGAAGAUUUAAUUCUGGAGAACUGUAUGCCGCCCAACCCUUUCGAAAUUACGGACCACGGCAUCCAUUAACAGACAGUUGUUUCGUGGCGCUCAUAGAAUUUGAAUUAGCUGCGUCGAAAGCUGCGUCCGGGAUGGCUACUUCAAGCAAAGACCUAGUCAUCAUAGAUGUUGUUAAGCAAAGUGAAGUGCCAGUACCAUGGUGCGAUGAAUUCGAAAAGAUGAUCAGUGGAAUGCACUUUUCAGCCGGCAAAGUUCAAAAACUUGUCCAACACAAGAUUGCCAUGAUGAGACAAAUGCGGUUGUUCAAUGAUGAAAGCAUUCCCGAUGAUGCCACGUUGUCGUCUCUUACGUCGCGACGGAUGCUCAUAGCCAGAGGACUUCUUGGGAAGCUUGGCGCAAAUAUCAAUAUCGAGCCGCCAUUCUUUCUAACGUGGGGGUGUAAUAUUUUUGUGGGCGAUCAAGUAUAUAUCAACCGCGGCGUCUCCAUCUACGACAACGCGCCUGUGACGAUUGGCGACCGUGUUCUCAUCGGACCCGAUGUAUGCAUCUGCACCGGGACGCAUGACGCCCACCCACAAGCUCGUCGGGAAGCCCAUGGUACAUCAUUUGCAUUGCCAAUCUGGAUCGAGUCAGAUUGUUGGAUCGGAGCACGUGCGACUAUCUUGCCCGGUGUUCGCAUCGGACAAGGUGCGACAGUUGCAGCUGGCGCGGUGGUAACGAAAAACGUCGAGCCUGGGGCGCCAACACUGAAGCCAUCAGAGCUUUCAAUCCUUCGGUGAGAAGUCUCAACCAUUCCAAUCGCUCCUCAAACUGUUCAGCGACAAAAUACGGGUUGUCUCUUGGGAUAAGUGUCCAAGAUUUGGUGAGACAAGUAGCCCUUUGCUCUGUUUGAGUUGGUAAGCCUGGAAAGUCCCUCAUUGUGCUUCUCCAACAUAUUAUAACUACUCACUUAGCUGCUCAGUCGGUGGAAGAAGCGUUCACCUACAGAUAAGCAUAUAUCACGGUCCUUCCCGAGGAACUUUAAUCAUUA